ACUGGGCACACCGCAUGGGGCUCUAAGGCGUUGAUGGUCGCCGAUCGGGGAAGCGGCUUUCAUGAGUUAAGGACCGAAUUUACCUUGAACGAAACCAUGUCAACGUGUGGUGUAGAAGAUGAUAUUCCUCAGGGAGAGAGGAAAACGGUCACAGACUUCUGUUACCUGCUGGAUAAAUCUAAACAGCUUUUCAAUGGCUUAAGAGAUUUGCCCCAAUAUGGGCAGAAACAGUGGCAAUCUUACUUCGGUAGGACCUUUGACGUUUACACCAAGCUCUGGAAGUUCCAGCAGCAGCAUCGACAAGUUCUGGACAAUCGGUACGGCCUGAAGCGCUGGCAGAUUGGAGAAAUCGCUUCCAAGAUCGGGCAGCUUUAUUACCACUACUACCUUCGCACAUCUGAAACAAGCUAUCUGAAUGAAGCCUUCUCCUUCUACUCUGCAAUUCGGCAGAGGUCUUACUACUCCCAAGUCAACAAAGAAGACAGGCCUGAGCUCGUAGUUAAGAAGUUGCGUUACUAUGCCCGGUUCAUAGUGGUUUGCCUGUUACUCAACAAAAUGGCCGUGGUCAAGGAUCUUGUAAAGGAACUAUCAGAUGAGAUAGAAGAUUAUACCCACCGCUUCAACACAGAAGAUCAGGUGGAGUGGAAUCUUGUUCUACAAGAAGUGGCAGCUUUCAUUGAGGCAGACCCCGUGAUGGUCCUGAACGAUGACAACACUCUUGUGAUCCUCUCCAACCGCCUCUCCGAAACGGGAGCCCCACUGCUGGAGCAAGGAAUGAUUGUGGGGCAGUUGACACUCGCAGAUGCCCUCAUUAUUGGCAACUGCAACAAUCAGGUGAAGUUCAGUGAGCUGACAAUCGACAUGUUCCGAAUGCUGCAGGCUCUGGAGAGGGAGCCGAUGAACCUAGCGACGCAGAUGAACAAGCCAGGGUUGCAGGAGACCACAGAAAAACCAGCCAGAAGAGAAAACCCUCACAAGUACUUGUUGUACAAACCAACCUUCAGCCAGCUCUAUACCUUCCUAGCGGCAUCAUUUAAGGAGCUGCCUGCAAACAGCGUCCUGUUGAUCUACUUGUCAGCCACGGGCGUCUUUCCUUCAGGUCGUUCGGAUAGUGAAGGUCCCUAUGAUUUUGGGGGUGUCCUGACAAAUAGCAACCGGGAUGUCGUAAACGGGGACGCAAUCCAUAAACGGAACCAGUUGUACAAGGAAAUGCAUUGCCUGCACCCUGGUGAUCUGUACCCUUUCACCAGGAAGCCUCUGUUUGUCAUAGUGGAUUCCUCGAACAGCGUCGCCUACAAGAAUUUCACCAACUUAUUUGGGCAGCCGCUGGUGUGCUUGCUUUCUCCAACAACGUAUCCAAAAGCGUUGCAAGAUCAAUCUCAACGAGGCAGUCUCUUCACCUUCUUUUUGAACAACCCUCUAAUGGCAUUCCUAUUUGUCUCUGGAUUAUCAAGCAUGCGUAAAGGAUUAUGGGACAAAUGUCAUGAUUACCUUCGCAAAAUCAACCGGGAUAUCGCACAGCUGUUGACUCAUUCCCGUUCCAUAGACCAGGCCUUUCUCCAGUUUUUUGGAGAUGAAUUCCUGCGCUUGCUUCUCACAAGGUUUGUUUUCUGCUCAGCCACCAUGAGGAUGCACAAAAUCUUCCGGCAGGAAACCAGGAACUAUCCAGAAUCGUAUCCCCAGCUGCCCAGGGAUGAAACUGUGGAAAAUCCCCAUCUCCAGAAGCAUAUCUUGGAAUUGGCUUCAAUACUAGAUGUCCGAAACGUGUUCCUGGAAACCACGCUCGACGAUUAUUAACAUGGAAACACACAGUCUGGAUGUCUUACUGCAGGGUUUUUGCCCUAGCUGCAGAUUUUUGAAAUGGUGCAGUUUUCUAAUGUGAACAUCGACAAAAGGAAUUUACUUGAGUUUUAUUUUUGAACUUACAGGUCUUUUUUUUUUCUUUUUAAGAGUAAAAUAGCUGUGGGCACAGCUGUUCCAUUCUGUGUGGAGUCAAUUUUGAUAAACCAGUCCCUCCUACACGUUUUACAAUUUUAGACUAAAGCAAUUUCAUGGGUUUUGAAGCUUUGAUUUGGAAGAUGUAGCUGGCCACACAAUACACAUACACACACACACACACACACACCCAAGUAUUUAAAUGCAGCCAGUCACUUUUAGCCCUUGUGUGCAAAUUCUUUAUUUUUAUACUAUUUUAAAAAAUUUGAAAGCAAAAAGAGAAAAAAAAAAGAGAGGAAAAAAACAUCAGAAAAAAAAAAUCUAUCCCCAAAGAUUCUGGAUUUAAAAUGUGAACGGUGGGACUACAAAUCGUGCAAAGCAGAGAGCAAUAAGAGUCAGUUCAAGUCAAUAUGCUUGGUUGACCCCUCCCACAAAAAAAGAGUUCAGCUCAGUUGAGGGGAUGGUGGUAUAAUCUUGGAAAACGUAGCGCUGUCCGUAAGUUUCUUUCUGAGAAGGAAGUCUAUAUUGCACAUUGACUAAGGAUGCAAGACUUUAUCCCCUAAGUCUGGAAUAUUGGCUCAUGGUCUGUUAUCACAUCAAAAGAUUUGCCCCUUCUCCUUAUGGACCGCCCCAUGUGCAGUUCUCCAGCUUUGGGCUAAAGUCCUGGGCAAAAAAUACCAUCCCUUUCUCUGCACCCAACUGUUGUCAAUUCUCGCUGCCAGAUGUGGAAGAUUCUUUGAUGACGCUUCUCCCUGAUGCUUCCACCUCAAGUUCUAGAAGAGCUUUCAUCCCAUUCAUACUUUGAUGGCAGGAGUUCACCUGGUGAAGGAAAAAAAUAAAAACUACUGCCUUGCCUCUGUGCCCAAGUUGCUCAGAAAAGAAAACCUAGUUAGGGGAAGGGCCAUCGCUUCUUCCACUGCCAGUGAGAAAUCUCCACCUUCCAGAGCUGUUUAUCGAUAAGAGGAGGGCAAGUAGGAUUCAUGAUUACUUAACCCAACAGAAAAUGUUGAAGGAAGCUCUUAGCUUUGGCUGGAUGAAUUUUUGGGAAAAAGUGAGUGGGAACAAUCUGGAAAAGUACAUGAAAGGAAGAGGAAACGUGAAGCAAAGACACCGCUCUCCAAUGGUCCUCAGCAUCUGGCUUUAAGAGGCACACAACUCCAGAAUGGAGAUCUAUCUCCAAAGCUUUCUUGGAAGAACUUUUACGUUUGCAUUCCUUUGCCUCCAGUCUGUGUCCAGUGACUUGGGCUUUAUAGAGCCAGAACGACUUUGGUCCUCAAGGACAAUGUUAGUGCUUGAAGUCCAGCAAAGACGACUUGUAGAUGGAAAAUGGGAAAAGCGUAUUCAAACAUCAAGAUUUAGGAGGAGAUCUGAGCAAAUCAUUGUGCUGGCUUUAUGUCUGUGUGCUGCUGUUUUCAAAGUGGCUGUUGGCAUCCCGUCCCGUGCUUCUUUUCCAAAGAGGAUUUUGAUGGAAAUCAGUGUAUUUGGACUUAGCAAAUUAGAGUGGGCGCACAAUUCCACCACUCUUUAAAAAAAAAAAGCGGGGGGGGGGGAAUCUCUUAGCAAGCAUAUUCCACAAUAUAUUAUGGGGUGCUUUUGAAAAAUUUAGUGGCAAACGCGAUCCUUUGGUAGCUAGGUUUGAACAAGGCUGGAGGGAGGGAUGACGAAGAAGUCCUUUCUCUUGGUCUGGUUGCCCAAGUAAAUAUAGUUUUUCUCAAUGGUCUCUCAUUCUGCCAAUGGUCCUACAAGCUACUCUCCAAGUUAAAACACAGCAGCCAGCCCUUUAGAAGUAGCCGGGCUGGGAUCUGUUGCCCAUCUGAAAAGCAACGUCUGGGAGCGAUUGCAAGAGGUGCCUUAGGUCGGGCCUAAAGUGCAAUGAAGAUGAUAUUAUAGGUAUUGAGUUGGCAGAGUUUUUUUUUUCUCCUGCCCUUUCCCAGAAGGAGGAGGAGGAGGGGGAGGAGGAGGAAGAGGAGGAGAAAGUAGUUCUGGUUUCGAAAUGCCUUCAUUGUUGACUUGGCAAUCAAAUGAACAGCUUCAUAGCAAAGGGUUUUUAAUGGCGUUAGGUUUGGUCUAGGCGCAGCGCAUUUUCCUCUCUGGUGCUUUGUCAUUUCUGCCCAGUUUUGCUUCUAAAAGACGGUGUAGGUGACAGUCGUGCAUCUGGCCUAUAUGUGCUCCGCCUGCCGAGUUGUAAAUGUGUAUGUGUGCAUGUAAAUAUGUAGCUAUAUUUAUAAAUAAGGAGACCUUGGAACCAUUGGUGUACAAAAUUUAAAAAAAAAAGUAUAUGUAGAUUCUGAACAGAAGUCAUGCCUGCAGGGUAGCGUCCUUAAGAAAGGCUGUUCAGGUUGCGAUGGGUCACCAACCAGAUGCUAGGCUGGUAACACAGAUGCCUCGGGUUGGGGUCCCUACAUUGCUGAGUUCCUUGGGUGUAUUUCCAAGUUGAGCUUAAAUGAGAUCCUUCUGAAGGAAGUUGAUGAAGAAUACGUUUCUAUUCACCACUUUCUAGAAAGCAUCUUUCUUGGAGUCCAAUGUUAAGCAAGCUGGUAUCUCUAGUUGCGUGAUGAUGAUGAUGACGAUGAUAGGAUUCUACUAGGGCCUGGCUCCAUCUUGUCUCAGUAUUGUCUGAUUACUUGGUCUACCUUAUCUUGGAAGGGAGACUUUUAUUAGUGUACCCUCUCCUGACCUAAUGUCCUCCAGAUGUACUGAAGGGUGGGGAUCUUUAAUCCAACACGUCUGCAGGACAUCUAGUUGAGGAGGGCUGUCUUUCUGUAUCUGCUGGUACUUGUAGGCUAUUAGCAUAAAGCUAUGAAGAAGGCCUCUAACUCAUUGAUAGAGAAGAUACAUACUUUAACUACAGAAGGUCUCUAGUUUCAAACCUGGCAUUCUCAUCCUUUUUUUUAAAACUGGUGGUGACAAGAGGAAUUUAAGUGCCUGAUUCUCUGGAGAUUGUAACUUCCACUUUGCCAUCCGCAUUCAAUGCACUAGAAAAGCAGGUUUCAAGAAAACAAUCUUGUUUUAAGUUCCUAGCAACACCUUGUGUAUUUUAUUUAUGAACACAUUUUUUCUGAUGUGUCUGUCUUCAGAGCGUAGACAUCAGUAGUGGUCUCGGUAAAACGUAACCAAGGUCGAUGCUGAAAAAGCUAAAUAAGAAGGAAUCUUGAAAAAUUGGUCUGAUUAGACAACACUAAAGCAGUCAUUUUCUUUCCAGCUUUAGUUUGAGUCAUGUCAUUCUUUAUCCUUUGGAUAAAAUCUUGCCUUCCAGUUAUUACAAAGGAUUCUUUAGGAAGGCAUGUUUGGAGAAUAAGAUCAAUUUCCAUUUAUCCUUCUGUUCCGAUAGGCUUUAUGGCAGGAAAGGUGGUGGCUUUGAACGUAUGGUGGUCCGGCUCUACAUCCCUCUUUCUCUGUAUUCCAUUCUCAUGAAGGUGACCACCCCAGAAGUUUGUCUUUGCUCUGGAGUCCACGUUCAGAUCACAAUUCUGUCCUGUCCUUAGCCAGGCCUACAAAUGAAGAUACGAAGCCAAGCUAGCUGGCAGAACCAAGAUGGACCAAGCCUUGUUAAAUAGAAUGUACCUAUCAGAGCUUAAGCACAACAAACCAGCUUUUCUUUCUUUGUCCUGUUGAGGCAGCUAAAUAGAUGUGCAGGUAUAAAGGGAGAAAAAAAACACAGCUCUGCUUCCUAGAAUAAACAGACAUGUAGCUUUGAAGAAGGUACCUUUCUAGUGAAAUGUAACAUUAUCCACAGUGUUCUGAUGUGUUUGUUUCUUUCCUUCCUUCCUUCCUUCCUUCCUUCCUUCCUUCCUUCCUUCCUUC